CUCACUUUACUGGCCUUUAACUUUACCUAUAUGCAAUAUUAAGUCUGCUCUGGAGUAGUUCUAGUCCAUGCUAGUGACUGAAGCAACAUUUAGCUUCUAGUAAAAUAUUAGCUCGUGGAGCCCAACACCCUCCCGACUCUCAGGGUUGGGAGAUCCCUAUCUCCGUGACUUCUGAAGGUCUUCCCACCACUCUAUAAAUCCUUUUUACGGAUUUGUUAGCUUUGCAGAUAUAUAAACAAGUGGCUUUCAGGAACCUUGGUCAUUAGCAUUUUUUUGAAGACUUGAGUGGAAAAAACCCCAAGAUAAUGACUCAUUGCAGGCUGUGUAAUAGAUUUCUGUAUAUAUGAAUCACAGUUAAAAGGAAGGGAAGCUGUACUGUUUUCCAGAAGUUGAAAGUUCUCCUGCCUGCUAAGAUCCACUGAGUGGGCUUGAAAACGGAUAGAUUAAAUUGCAACCAAACCAGGAGAUGAUAUGAAACACAGAAGUUGGCGAACUAGGGCCACAUUUAUGAAUUAACCAAACCCAGCUGUACCAGUGGUCUUCUAGCCACUGACCCGCAGUGCUAUCUCAUAACCAUCAAACUAGCAUUGCUAAAGUCCAGGGGCCCACCUGAAAUAUGCAGGAUCUAAACCAAAGUAGGCAGUCAAUGCAACUGCAUGAAACAGGCAGAUUUCAAAGCCUGAAUCACACAACAAAUGCCUUGGGCUUUUCAACCCCAGCAUUUUAUCAGCAGAUAAUGGAUUUUAAGACUCAGGAUGUGCCAGCCAUUCUACCUGAAAUCCCCAGUAUUGCACACACAAGAAACCCACAUUGGCUUCCAAAUGUUUAGCGUGGAAAAGAGGAGACUGAGAGGAGAUAUGAUAGCCAUCUUCAAAUAUCUGAAGGUCUGUCACAUGGAAGAUGGAACAAACUUGUUUUCCCCUGCUCUGGAGGGUAGGACCCAAACCAAUGUCUUCAAGUUACAAGGAAGGAGAUUCUGACUAAACAUCAGGAAGAACUUUCUGACAGUAAGAGCUGUUUGACAGUAGAAUGGUCUCCCUUGGGUGGCUGUGGACUCUCGUUCCUUGGAGGUUUUUAAGCAGAGGUGGGAGGGACAUCUGCCUUGGAUUUUAGUUGAGAUUCCUGCACUUCAUGGGGUUGGACUUGGGUUGGGUCCCUUCCAACUAUGAUUCUAUGAUUCUAAAUCCCAAACUCUCACCUAGAAUAAACCUUCCUGAUCAACCUCUGUGUCUAAGCAAUAUUUCAGAAGGUGAUGCACUGGAACUGGGUAUUCCUGUUAGUAUCUCUUGCCUGUUCCAUAAUUUCUGGAACUCCCUCCCUUUUGUGAGAGAACUUGCCCAAGCAGUGCUAAAAGACACAUAGUAAAUAGAGUAGACUUCUUUCCAGAAUUAAUUGGGGUAAAUGUGUGGGCAUUUAUGUAUUAACUUUAUAUCUCUUCCUUCUUCCCAAAGGAUUUCAAGACAGUAUGCAUCUUGUAUUUAUACAGCAUUGCAAAGUGCUCAAAACACUUUAUAAACAUUAACGGGAUACUUUGGGCUUGCAAUUAUUUGAAAGUUGUUCAGGAAUAUGUUAUCUCCAUUUAAAUGUGUGUUAGGAUCACAUGCUUAGGAGUUAUGUCUAUACUGUACUGACAGAUCUUGCAUUAGAUCAGGGAAUAUAACUCUAAUUCACUUAAUCGUUUUUCUAAAGCAGCUUCUGCUUCCAAGUUUCUUGGAAAGUCCAGCUGCUCCCUUCUUUUCCAUGAGCCCAUCGUGCUGAGAUUACCAAACUGACAAAGCAGACUCUGUAUCUGGAUGCCUUUCAGACUCCAGGGGACAGAAACGGGAAGCGAAUUAGUCAUUUAUUGUUCAUGUUUCUCAGGGCUAGCACAGUUGCAUCUUUAAGAAAGGAUAACAUUCCUUGACUGCUGACUGGAUGAUUUCGGCUUUAUUUCAGUUGUUGUUACCGUAUACUAGGAGGCUCCAUGUCUUUGUGGGGGAAGGGGGGAGAGCAAUAUUAGAAUUGCAUAUUUUUAUAACUCUGUAAACGUAGAAUUUUAUGUUCCUGUACAUCUUCAUUGAGUUAAUAAAAUGUAGUUGUUUGGCAGAUCUGCAUAUUAAUUAUCGGCUAUGGAAAGUUUAAUGUGAGGCACAUAAUGUAAAUCACAUUAUGCAAAAAAAUAUGUCCUAAAUCUUAAUACUAAAUGUGGUAUCUAAAUCUGGCAUUCUAUAUUGCAGGGCAUUUUAAGACUACCAAAUUAAUAGUUAGUUCAACAAUGAUUGGGAGAGUCAUAGCUCACUAGUAAUUUACAUGGGGAAGGUCUCAGGUGUGGCUUUGGAGACCUUGGAGGACCUGCUCCGAUUUGGAUCUGACAAUAAUGGGACAAAUGGCCUCAUUUGCACCUUUGCAUAUUUGGUACUCGGAAGUGUAGGGUGUUGUACAGUGAACACAUUGGUAAUGGGAUGGAAAUUAUGCUAUCCGUCCUCUUCUGCUAAAUAUAGGGAGUGCCUGUGCUUAUUUGACCCAAGCUUGUGUACUGUUCUUUCUUUUUAAACAUAAAUAUGGGUCAUUUCUACACAAGGAUUCUUUAGCACUGUUAUCUGCUAGAAGAGGCAUUACAAGUGUGGUUCUGCGUAGCGUGUAAUAUAGUACUUGUUGUUGCUGUUUAAUCGUUUAGUCGUGUCCGACUCUUCAUGACCCCAUGGACCAGAGCACGCCAGGCACUCCUGUCUUGCACUGCCUCCCGCAGUUUGGUCAAACUCAUGUUCGUAGCUUCGAGAACACUGUCCAACCAUCUCGUCUUCUGUCGUCCCCUUCUCCUAGUGCCCUCAAUCUUUCCCAACAUCAGGGUCUUUUCCAGGGAGUCUUCUCUUCUCGUGAGGUGGCCAAAGUAUUGGAGCCUCAGCUUCACGAUCUGUCCUUCCAGGGAGCACUCAGGGCUGAUUUCCUUCAGAAUGGAUAGGUUUGAUCUUCUUGCAGUCCACGGGACUCUCAAGAGUCUCCUCCAGCACCAUAAUUCAAAAGCAUCCAUUCUUCGGUGAUCAGCCUUCUUUAUGGUCCAGCUCUCACUUCCAUACAUCACUACUGGGAAAAACAUAGCUUUAACUAUACGGACCUUUGUUGGCAAGGUGAUGUCUGUUUUUUAAGAUGCUGUCUAGGUUUGUCAUUGCUUUUCUCCCAGGAAGCAGACGUCUUUUAAUUUUGUACUAUAUUCCCUAUAAUAACCCCUCAGUUCUUGUCCACACAGCAGAAACAAAAGUGUUUUGUGCAUUACUGACCUAGGAUCUUGCUCUAAGACUGCAAUCCUGGGUAUGUUUAAAUCAGAAUCAAGCUUCUGAUUUACCCCCUAGAAUGCACACUUAGGAAUGCAGCCUCCACUCACAUGGUGUGAAGUGAUUCAUGCUUCUUCUGGACACUGGCGUUAUUUAAGUUGGUACUUCAUUUACUGAUUUGCUUUUUACAAUCAUAGCCAGGGGUGCCAACUUGAAUAAAAUAUUGUGGGGGCCCAGGUAAGCCCCACCCUGCAUAAUCAAUUACAUAACACAGUGCACACACACUAUUUGAAUGGCAAUGCCCAUCAACUUUGUGGGGGCCCAGUCCCCUCAAGUAUUUUAUUGUGGGGGCCAAAGCCCCCAUGGCCCCUAAGAGUUGGCUCCUGUGAUCCUAGCAAUUGCAACAUUUGCUUCUACAUUUUUAAAAUGAUAAUUUUAUUAGUACACAUGCACUUUAGUACAAAACAAAUUGAAAAUUAAAAGGGGGGCAAUGAUUGCUGUGGAAACAAAUGGGGGAAGGGGCCACAUGCUGUAGGGACAGGCUGGCAGAGCACCGCAACUAUCUUACUGAAGACUCCUAUUACUAGGUGCAUUAAUAGUGCUUUGCAAGUUUACACCCACCAGGCUGGUGCUGCAGUUGCACUGAAAGUAGGAAAAAUCAUCACAAACUUUCUUGAAAAAGAUGAGAGUACAAAGUGGAACAGAUUGGAAUACAAAUAGUUUGGCGGAGACGUCACUUGGCAUCUUCCCAACACGAAUGAGUGAUGCACAUUCCAGAGAAAGUCAUUGCACUACUAAAUGGAAUAGUUGCAAACUUCCCUGCUUCCUGGAGAUUAAGCUGAGGUUUCAUGCAAAACUAUUCAGAAGAUCCAAUGCAUCAACAAAGGAAGAAAAAGUGUCCAGCACUGAGGCAGGGAGGACUGGAAAUGCUGUCUUUUACUCUGCACAGAAGGCUUCCAAGCAAUUUGCGGAAGAGGUCUUAAAAGCCCACAAUGACUACAGGAAGAAGCAUGGUGUUCCCUCACUAAAACUCUGCAAGAAGUUAAACAGGGAAGCACAGCAGUAUUCAGAAGCACUUGCUAGCACCAGAAUCCUCAAACACAGUCCUGAAUCCAGUAGCGGGAAGUGUGGGGAAAACCUCGCGUGGGCUUCGUAUGAUCAGUCAGGUUGUGAAGUAGCUGACAGAUGGUAUAACGAAAUAAAAAGUUAUAACUUUCAGAGUCCGGGAUUUUCCUCUGGGACAGGACACUUUACAGCCAUGGUUUGGAAGAGCACCAAAAAGAUGGGAGUUGGAAAGGCGGCUGCCAGCGACGGCUCCACAUUUGUGGUGGCCCGAUACGAGCCUGCUGGCAAUAUUGUAAACCCUGGUCACUACGAACAAAAUGUCCUCCCGCCAAGGAAAUAACGUCGCCAGGAGUCUGAGGGAAAGGACUGUUCAAGCGGCUAAUGAAAAGCAAAACAGAGGAUCGGAUUAGUUUGGAUAAGCAGGUUUAUAUUUGAGAAUGGUUUUCAAACUUGCUGUAAGGAGCGGGGCUUGAAUCACGAGAAUCAAUCCUGCCUACCAAAAUGGACUUUUGUAUGGAACCGGUGCCUAAAGGGCUGAGGAACCUCAGCAAGCCCAAAACGUAGAAUGUGCAAAAAUAAUGCUUCAAAUUCAAAUAAUGUUCAAAUAAUGGUUUUAUAUAGCUUUAUAGUUGUCUAGCGUUCCUUUUUAAAAUUACAUUUGUGUGGUUUAAGUAAAAUUCAGUUGUGAUAACUUUUAAAUGUUUUUUUAAAAAACAAGUUCAGAUUGCAAAUUGCGAAGUAAACAGUCUGAUUUUGGCUAUUUUAUCAAAACAGUUGAGUUCCUUAUGAAUCCCAUUCACAUCCAUAGUCCUUGCUUUUCUGCAGUACUUUAUAAUAUUUUUGUAUGCUCUUUGUAGAUGUAUCAGUGUUCUCUCUGUAGCCUUGAUACACUCUGUAUAUAACAUUUGUGUUCUUUGGCCAAGUGCAUGUGUCGAAAUUACAAUGGUCUGUCAGAUGAUGGUAGCAUUUGGGAGCACAGAAGAUGAAAACUGAGCUCUGCAAUGUACUGUAUAUUGAGCAAGGUUUGCCGUUGGGAUGAAAGGUUUUCCAGUUAGUUGAAAUUUGAAGUUAGUCCUAGAUGUGUAGCUACUAUUUGGAUGAGUACUAUUUGUUCAGUGAAAUCUGGGGUGCCACAUAGCAGCCUAAAUCCGGGGCUAUAUACAUGUUGCAGUGGAAGUGCAGAAUUCAGCUUCUUGAGACUCCCACCAGAAAAUAAAACCAAGCAGCACAGCUGCAAAAAGAUGCGUAAAAGUGCAUGGUCAAAUGCCCACCAAUAUGUCAGAAGCCUGGUAGGUGAUGUCAGUUCUUCCGUGGCUUACAUAGGUUCUUGACCUCAUUAGUAGCAAAACCAGAAUAAAUUAUGCAAGAUACCAAAAAUACAGGUAAAUUAUGCAGAAAAGCGAACUCGUGCAAAUAGAGCAACACUGCAUAAUUUAUACUGGUUAAAGGAUUACUCUUUUCUUAGUGCAUAAUUUAGAUGCCUGGUUGCAGUUUUUUUAAAAAAUAAAAAAGUUGGCACAAUGUGUGCCUGUUGUAUGUACAAGUUGACAAUUUACAUGAUAUGGUGUUGCUCACAGUAGUUUACAUUUAAAAAUACAUACCAUACCAGUGACUAGGGGAAGGCAGGCACUUUGGGAUUAUUCUGACAUCAUUAGAAAUCAUAAUCUUUCUUUAACACCAUCUCUCCCCCCACUUUAAGAAAUACUGUAAACCUUCUAUUCAUCUGGUCUUUUAGAACAACAUUCCUAUUAGAUAUGUAACUGGUAACACAUGACUUUAUGCUGCAGUUCCAAGUGAGUGUAGGAAAGUACACAUAGCUAAGCUUCCUGAGAAAUUCAGUUUUCAUUUUGUAAAGCAAGCUGCAAAAAUUUGCCAAAAGCUCAGAGAUCUGAGCAGGGCCUGAAUGAGAUUUUCUGUAGUCGGGGAUGUCAGGUUCCAGUGUCAUUUCCUUUCCCAUGAUUAGCAAGGGCAGCAUAAAUUAUGAAAGAUGGCAAAACGUGUAGAGUAAAUUAUGCAAAAUAAGAUCAAUCAUAAAAUUUGCUCAAUUUUUAUAAUUUAUCACAUCUCACAGGAUUUUGUUUUCUUAGUACAGAACAUGGAUUGCCUGAAUAAUUUUGUGUGUGUGUGUGUGCAGAGUACACAUAGUUCUGCACAGAAGACUUUCCCUUAUACGAUAUUUGAAACCUAGCUGCUUAAUUUUUGGUACAUCUAUAUAUCUGAAAUAAUACUGCCCAGUGCCAGCCACUGGCCAGACUGUAGAUCUCAGCCAGUGCCGGAUUUACAUAUAAGCUAAACAAGAUAUAGCUUAGGGCUCCACUCUCUUGCCCCCCCCCCAAACAAAAACCUGGAUGUACAUUUCCAAAAUAUAAGGUAAAAAAUAAAACCUACAUGCAGCAACAGUGUUGUGUUGUGUUGUGUAGGCUCCUAUUUUGUUUUGUGCAAAUGUCUUUAGAUACCUACCGGUAUUACAGUAGUUCCAUAAAUUACCAUAUAGCAUAUUUUCAACACAAAAAACAGCGACAAUUUGUUGUUGACAAAGGACAGCUGGACAUAUAAAGGACCCCAUUACCUUCAGCGGGGCAAGUCUCGAGAUCGCUCCGGCGCCCCUGCCCUCGCAGGGCGCAGCAUGGUUUCCGCGCGGCUUUGCCGGGAGUCUACCUAGAGCCGGCCCUGACCUUCAGUAGCUUAGGGCCUCAUCAAACCUCAAUCCAGCCCUAAGGGUGACCAAGAAAAAGAGAGGCAGUAUCUCAGCUUCUCCCAGGGAAGCUGCCUGCCUCACCAACCAGCCCACAGCAGUUAUAAUUCGGCCGAUGCCAGCAUUCAGAUGAUGGUUCCCUGUUUGGAGUGGAGGAGAAGGGGUGAGACACCCUGGAAGAAGGGGACAGAGUGCAAGCCUCCACUGGGAGCUGCUGGAUAAAGAACCGGGAUGCACAGUGGGGAGAGAAGGGUUGGGUGAACCCAGAGGUUCCUGCCUAGGAUUCUCAUUUUGGCAUGAGGCAGAGACCUGUGAGUUUAGACAAGUAUUUUUUUGGGGGGGGGGGCGGUCCUGUGAACCCUGGGCAAAGAGCAAGUGGAAGGAGGAGAGAGCCAGGGAUGCCUAGAUGCUAAGCAACUGUCCCAAUGGCAGUCUGCUCCUUACCUACCAGAAGAGGAGAGAAGAAAGAUGAGCAGUGUGGCAUCCGGAGGGGCAGGCAGAGGAGCCCAUGUGGCCCCCCAUCUCCCUUGAAUACAAGCCCCAAAUCACAAAGGCAGCUUGUAGGCCUCCUUGCUUUAGUUUCAGACUGUGGACACACUAUACCUUAAAAGCAGAUCCCCCCCCCCAAGAAUUCUGGGCACUGUAUUUCUCAGUUACAAUUCCUGUUGUUGUUUAGUCGUGUCCGACUCUUCAUGACCCCAUGGACCAGCGCAUGCCAGGCACUCCUGUCUUCCACUGCCUCCCACAGUUUGGUCAGACCCUCCAUCUUUCCCAACAUCAGGGUCUUUUCCAGGGAGUCUUCUCUUCUCAUGAUGUGGCCAAAGUGUUGGAGCCUCAGCUUCAGGAUCUGUACGAUUCCUAGCGACCCUUAAACUACAGUGCCCGGGGCAGAGGGGAGUCAAGUCCAAUAAAGUAAGGCACCAGGCACUGUAAUUUAAGGGGGAUGGAAUGUGCUUCAAAUGCCUUUUAAAGGCAUAGUCCAUAGCCCCACGUUAACCAGAACGCACACCGCACCUGAGGGAAGUCCGAGGCCCACCCAUGAGGCAAGGUGAGGCAACUGCUUCAGGCAGCAGGAUCCAGUGGAGCAGCAGGGCCUAAUGUCAAUCUUUCUACCACUGCCAACCUUAUCUCUCUACUUCCAUGAUCAUAGCCUUACUAAAAUGGUGUAUAUUCAUGAAUAUUCAGCUUCUGUUUAAAAGAAAUGGAACAUGAAAUCAGAAAGGUCAUUGCCUUACAUGGUCGCCACAUGAUAUUAAAUUAAGUUAGUGGUCCUGCCGUUUGUAUUCCAACUCCAUUAAAUGUAACCCAAUAAUUCAAUACAGCAUAAUUAUUAAUAUUUGAAAAUAAAAGUAUUUUUCAUAUGAAGAGUUUGUGGCUGUUUUAAAACUAAUCACCAUCACCAGAGCCAUAAUUCAGAAGAGUGGCCCAACACACACACUGGAUAGAGAAGCAAUAAACGUUGAGACACCAUAAAGGAGGUGAUAACACAUCUGUAAAUCCUUUGGUUCGUCAGCUUGUAAUUUUGUAUAACAACUGCGCUUAUACAGAGAUUAUCUUACAGAAGAACGAAAUACAAGAAGAGGAAACUGCCACAUCACGAAAAAGGGGGUGGGAGUAAUAAAGGGUGAGAAGAA